UUCUAGACAACUUAGUUCAGUGCAAAUCUUACUGUACAAAUCAGAUAAACAGAUAACUGGGACAAAGAGACAAGUACACUUAUUUUUCAAGAUUCUGAGUGAAUUGCUGCCACAAACUCUUGUCUUCGCGGGGAAAAAAACAGAAACGUAACAAACAAAUCCAAGAAAUUUAAAAGUGGGCAUAGUACAAAGGUCACACGGUUGCUUUUGCAGCUGUGCCCAGGCGUGGGUUGGACGGGGUUAAUGAGUGAGGUGUUCCUGCUGAGCUGGUUACACCUGUGAACACAGGAGGACCUGGAUCAUGGAGUCCGCAGAGCCGACUUGUCGAGGGAGUCGUUCAUAGUCACAGUAAAGGAGGACGGGGUGGGGGAAGGAAAGGGAAGCUUCUUGGGCUUUCUCCAAGUAGGACAGCGACUUUUAUUUGGGAAGAAGGAACAACAACGACAAAAAAUACCUUGAUGAAAUUUCGAAGGAAGUAAAUAUUAUUUCAAGUCUGGUAUCUAAGCCGAUCGAGCAUUCGCUGUGUGGUACUUGCGUUUGUUUUUUGGACACGGUGGGUGAAGGCUGAGUUGAAGAUCACUUUGCUUUGAACCAAUAGAUAUUAAGAUUAUUGACCACUGAUGAGGUUGUUGACAGCCAAUGGCCCGUUACAGAUACUUCAUAUUUAAUCAGCGUCGUAUGGUUAUCCUGGGAUUUCUCCAGAUAGCUUGUGCUGCAGUGUGUGUAGUGUCUGGCUUUAUGGAUACAAUUUUCAGGCAAAGUUCAGUACUCAGCAGAACCAGAAUACCCAUCUGGACUGGAAUGGCAAUGGCCUUUCCAGGAGUUCUGGCAUUAUUUUCUUCUCAGAGAAAGAAUCCUAUUCUUGUGAGCAGUAUGAUUGCAUCAGCUGUAUUUUCCUGGAUUACCACAACUAUUUUGAUAAUAUAUGCAGCCUUGACAUUGAAUUAUGGUGAAGAUGAUGAUGAAGUGUUCCAGCAUAAACCCAGUCAUGUCAUUCAUAUGGAAUAUAUACUCACCAAAUUUGUCCAAGGAGCGAAUUUGGCCAUAUUAAUUGCGUCUGUGAUUAGUAUGAUGAUGACAACCAUAAUAGCGUUUCUUGGUUGUCGGAGCCUUCCCAUUUGUGGAUGCUAUGACAGUACAACCGGAAUGCAGUCACUGAUGACAGAGGAUCGGCAGCCUCAGACAAUUGAAUUGGUCUGCACCUGGCAAGAUGAUCAGCGAAUUCUAAAUGAUCCAGUAGGAUACAACGACUGGGAUAUAGACACGGAAGAUUCAGAGCGUACAUCAAAGCCAGUACCUUACAUCCAACUUGCUUAAAACACUUUUAACUGCAGACACAUUUGAUAGUUGUAUUUACCAUUUUGCACGAAUUUUAUAUAAACUGUGAAGAUUAAGCCUUACUCACCUAUAAAAUUUGGAGCAUUGAAAUUCCACACAUUUUAGCUGUGAUGCCUUGACAGUUAUAAUUGCUGCUCACAUCAAUGCUAGGCAUAUUACACAAGUAAUUACACAGUGGGGAGAAUUGUAUGUUGAGUAACAUUUUAUGCCAUUUUGAAUCUUUUGAAGAUAGAUAUUCUUGCUAUGAACAGAAGGGUAUGUAACUGUAAUACUGUAAUCAGUAAUCUGAGAAUGAACAACUCAGACCUCAGCAGUAAUUGUUUACUGAAUUUGUUUCAGGUUGGAGUGCUACCAGUUUUUCAUUUCAAGUUAUAAAUUAAGCAUGGAAAAGGUGCAAGUUUUUUUUAAAUUGUGCUUUGUUUCUCAAAACUGUGUAGCCUGCAGACUAAAAGGCGAUUUGCAAUUUUUUUUUAAACAACCUGAUCCCAACAUCUUGGACACAUGGAAAUAACUUCACUUGUGAUCCAUUUGUGUAUUAUUUUUAAAGAGACUUCUCCUUUUGUUCAGUUUUACUUGCCUAUUGCCUAUUCACACAGAUGGAAAAUGUUGGGGUGAGGAGAGAUCAUAUAUUCUGGAAUUGAGAAUCUGCAUGAAUGAUGCAUUCCAGCACUUGACCCAAAUCUAAAUAGUUAGUCGUUGUUUGAGACCAGUCAGUGUCAGGGAGAACAGCUGAUGGCACUGCAGUUGUUCACCCAUUAGCAUUUAAUGCAGACUUUCAUGAGAAUCACUGGGUAGCAAUCUGCUGCAGAAACCUACUGUAUUCCCCAAACAGAGUACCAGGACAGAUGUGAAUCUGACACUGCUUGUAGUCAGCAUAGACCAUGGCAUCUACCUGGAUCAAUCCUGGCUGUUUUGCUAAUGUAACUAAUUCGGUUGGGUAGCUAAAUUUUGACAUAAAAUUGAGCCGAUGUGCUGUUUUUGACAUGAGACAGAUACGUUAUUUCUUUUGAAAGUUUGUCUGUCUAAUGGGUUGAUGUGUCGGACUGCAAUUUUUAACAACUUCAUAUUGCCUAGAGUAUGCAAUUCUUCCAUUUCUCAAGUCUUCCAGUGAUGGGAACCUACUCCCCAGCUGACACAAAGACUAAUAUCUGCUUCAAAUUCCCACUGCCAUUCCAAAAAUAUUCAGUAAAGUGUGUAAAGAUGAGCUGAGGCACUCGAGCAACCUAAGUGGUUUCUUGCUGACCUGGUUAAAACUGGAACCAGUGUUUCCACUUUUCCCCACGUGGAAUGGAUUGCGACAAAUAAUCCAUGUGCUAACCUCUUAACGGCAUUGCUCUAUGCUAGAAUUGUACAGCAUUUUAUCCCUGGCAAAAUAACUUCCUGUACGCUAGUUAACCAUUUUAGGAAAAGAGAAAAUAAAUCUGACUAGUCCGGAAAUAAUCCGGGUAUACAAGUCGGCUUUUAGAAUUGAUGUUUAAAUUGAAUGAGGGCAAGUUUACCAAGUGAAUUUUCUGAUUUUGUUCAAGAAAGGGCACUAAUGUAAGUGUUCCUAUUUUUAUGUUUGAAAUUUAUUUAAAAUAAAAUAUGCAAAAAUUUUUCCAACACAAGCGCAAUGUGAUAUUUUGCACUGCAUUAGGUGAUACAGUUCAACAAUUAAGUGAAUGUGCCCGGCAAGGAAUACGAAAACUACCUAGUCGCUUUUGAUGGGUUCUUCUGAUUAAAUUAAGGAUAUAGAUAAAUCCCAGGCUCUAGCUCAACUAAGUGUGUUUGUCAUAAUGUAUAAUGCUGCGCUUCUGUAAUAACUGAAAAUCCAUUGUUGCUUUUCAGGAUUGUUGAUUAUUUGUACUCUGAGGAAUUUGAUCUGUUUGAAAGCUUUUAGAAUCUCUAAACUGAUGAUUCUCAGAUGUCUGAACUAUUUCAGCUUCACAGAAAAUGCCUGAGUGCCAGAAGAAAGGAAUGUUUAGUCAUCAGCUCUCCUCCAAGGAAAUGAGUCGCCUAUUAACACUGAAAGGUUAAAUAAGCCUUUGAUGAAAAUAAACAAAAAUGUAAGCAAUGACUUUAGAAAAACUGAACAGGAAGUUUGUGUGACAUAAACUGAUUUGUUGGGUGGUGGCUGCUGUUGAGCAUGACUUCUGCUUGGUGAGGCAAAAAUCAAAGUUAGUAGAGAACGGAGAUCAUAAGACACAGGACUAAAAAUAGCCUAUUUGGCCCAUCAAGUCAACCCCACUGUUCAACGAGAUCACGGAUAAUCUG